AAAAACAACAGUGUCUUGAUGGGAAAGGAGGAGCGAUGGGAAAGACUGGAGUGUCUCAGGCCCUCUCAGUGGAUGGGUGUUGUGCGAGAGAGGAGGCUGGGAGACAGGUCUCUCUCUGGAGUUCAGAGCUGAGUUGCUGUCCAAAUCAAUGGUACCUGGAAUCUCUAAAACAAAACUGAGGACUUCAGAGGUGCAUCCAGAGGAGCCACACUCCAAAAGGACCACUUCCAGUCGCCAUGCGGCAAACCCUGCUGCUGCUGCUGCUGCUGCUGCUGCUGACUGUGCUGCGCCCCAGCUGGGCAGAUCUUCUCCAGAAGGUCCCGCUCUUCCGGGUCACUCAGCAGGGCCCCUGGGGGAGCAGUGGCAGCAACGCCACCGACUCGCCCUGCGAGGGGCUGCCCGCCGCGGGUGCGACGGCCUUGACCCUGGCGAACCGCAACCUGGAGCGCCUGCCCGGCUGCCUACCGCGCACACUGCGCAGCCUCAACGCCAGCCACAACCUGCUGCGCGCACUGAGCGCAUCCGAACUCCGCCACCUGGAGCAGCUGCAGGUGCUGACCCUGAGCCACAACCGCAUCGCUGAGCUGCGCUGGGGCCCGCGCGGGCCGGCGGGGCUGCACACCCUGGACCUCAACUACAACCAGCUGGCCGCUCUGCCGCCGUGUGCCGGUCCUGCACUGAGCAGCCUCCGCGCCCUGGCGCUCGCCGGGAAUCCGCUGCAGACGCUACAGCCCCGGGCCUUCGCCUGCUUCCCCGCGCUGCAGCUCCUCAACCUCUCCUGCACCGCGCUAGGUCGCGGCGCACAGCGGGGCAUCGCCGAGGCGGCGUUCGCUGGAGAGGAUGGCGCGCCCCUGACCGCGCUCGAAGUCCUGGAUCUCAGCGGCACGUUCCUCGAGCGGGUUGAGUCAGGGUGGAUCAGAGACCUGCCGAAGCUCACAUCCCUCCACCUGAGGAAGAUGCCUCGGCUGACGACCCUGGAGGGGGACAUUUUCAAGAUGACUCCCAACCUGCAGCAGCUGGACUGUCAGGACUCCCCAGCACUUGCUUCUGUCGCCACACACAUCUUUCAAGACACUCCACAUCUACAGGUCCUUCUGUUCCAGAACUGCAACUUGAGUUCCUUCCCUCCUUGGACCCGGGAUUCCUCCCAGGUCCUAUCGAUCAACCUCUUUGGCAACCCUCUCACUUGUAGCUGUGACUUGUCUUGGCUCCUCAUGGAUGCAAAGAGAACUGUCCUAAGCAGGGCAGCAGACACUGUGUGCGCGCCAGCUGCGGGGUCCAGCGGCCCCUUCACAGCCUCCCUCUCACUCUCCCAGCUGCCUGGAGUGUGCCAGUCCGACCAAAGCAAUACUCUCCGAGCUUCACACCCACCCGGCUUCAACCACUCCACGUACGCACAGGGUCCCACCGUGGCGCCCAGUGCAACCCCUGCCACCCAGCCUGAGGGAGGCCAGCAGAGUGUCUCCAAGGCCCCUACCGUGGGCUCCCGCACCAUAGCUGCGUGGCCGCACAGCGAUGCACAGGAGGGGACUGCCUCUUCCACCACCAAUUCUGUAGCAGGUCACAGCAACUCCAGCGUUUUCCCCAGGGCUGCCAGCGCCACCGUGUCCCAGCACAGAGAACAUGCCCCCGGGCUUGUCGUUGAGCCUAGUAUCUCAGCUGCCUCCACCCCACUGGUGAGCAAGCUCCUGGGCCCCUUCCCUACCUCGUGGAACCGCAGAAGCUCGCCUCAGCCCAGCCAGAGGACACACACCACACCCCAAGCCCCCAACCCGAGUCCUUCUGAGGGCGGGAUUCCAGUCUUGCUGCUGGACGACUACAGCGAGGAGGAGGAGGGGAGGAAGGAGGAGGUGGGAAUGCCUCACCACGACGUCCCCUGUGAUUACCAUCCCUGCAAGCACCUACAGACCCCGUGCGCUGAGCUGCAGAGGCGGUCGCGGUGCCGUUGCCCCGGCCUCAGCGGGGAAGACACCGUCCCAGACCCGCCCAGGCUGCAGGGGGUGACGGAGACCACGGACACGUCGGCGCUGGUCCACUGGUGUGCCCCCAACUCGGUAGUGCACGGAUACCAGAUCCGCUACUCUGCGGAGGGCUGGGCGGGGAACCAGUCGGUGGUGGGGGUCAUCUACGCCACGGCCCGGCAGCACCCUCUGUACGGGCUGUCGCCGGGCACCACCUACCGCGUGUGCGUGCUGGCGGCCAACAGGGCAGGUCUGAGCCAGCCGCGGUCCUCAGGCUGGAGGAGCCCGUGCGCCGCCUUCACCACCAAGCCCAGCUUCGCGCUCCUGCUCUCCGGGCUGUGCGCAGCCAGCGGCCUGCUGCUCGCCAGCACCUUGGUGCUGUCUGCGUGUCUCUGCAGGCGGGGCCAGACGCUACGCCUGCAGCGCUGCGACACGCACCUAGUGGCCUGCAAAAACCCGGCCUUUGAUUACCCGCUGGAGCUCCAGACCGUCAGUUAGCCCAGCUUCUGGGCAAACACCUCUAACCGAACUGGAUCUGAGCGCAGAAAGGUGCAGGUCAAAAACGACCCCAUCCGCUCCCAGGGUUUCUAAUUCCCCUGAAGCCAGGAUGCCUUGGGCACACAUGGAACUUGCCACACUGAGUGUCUCAGUCCAAGGAACAACUGCCCUCCCUUCCUUCUACUUUACUCUCUGUUCCCAGAAACCUGAUGGUCAAUGCCAGAUCGCUCCCCACUGC